ACGUCGCUGCGCUGCCGCUGCUGUGCUGCAGGGCAGACAGGCAGGCAGGCAAAGCAGCUGCGGAGACAGCGGGGAGUGCUGACAACAGCGCACAGGCUCGUGCUGGGAAACUCAGAAACGCAACAUUUUCCUAAUUUGCGGCUUUAAUGUGCGGCUUUCCUCGCGCCUGAAACGUUCACUCUUUGUUUCGGUGCAUGCGUGGGAUUAUUUUCUCAUUCCGUCGGCCUGAAAUGACUGCUGGUCCCCGCGUCUAGCCAAUGGUUACCGCUGGGGGUCCUGUCCUGUGGAUUAUCCGUCGUCGCCGAGCCAGUCGCAUGGUCGAGCCCGGAGGAGGCCCCUCUCUGCUGGAUGGAUGUGCGUGAAUCAGCGCGGAACUCUGAGCCACUGAUGAGCGCUGUGAUAAAGAUGUCGCCUGGAUUUUAUCGGCAGCGGCUGGACUGAUCUUGGAUGUUCGGGCUCUGUCGCCCCCCCACCCCCCUUGUAUACACAGACCUUUUCCUCACAUAACAAAAAUUGUAUUCCUUAAAAACUGGACGCCCCUGGAGCAGUUUAUGACGACCCUGGUAGGAGCGUGAUGAGCGCGCGCUUCCGCUUGCCUGCUGGCAGAUCCUACAAUGUCCGGGCGACUGAGCUGGAGCGAGACAGGCAGCACACACAGGUUGUGUGCAACGUACUGCUGCUGGACAACACAGUCCAGGCCUUCAAAGUCAAUAAGUCGGAUAAUGGCCAGGUGCUGCUGGAUGCUGUCUUCAAGCACCUGGAGCUGACCGAGAGGGACUACUUUGGCCUGCACCUGACUGACGACUCAUCAGAUGCACCACGCUGGCUGGAUCCCAAUAAGCCCGUCAGGAAACAGUUAAAAAGAGGGUCUCCCCAUAACUUAAGCUUCAGAGUCAAAUUCUUUGUGACAGACCCCAAUAAACUUCAGGAAGAAUACACACGGUACCAGUAUUUUCUGCAGAUCAAACAGGAUCUAUUAACUGGAAGAUUGCCCUGUCCUCACAACACAGCCGCGCUGCUGGCUUCCUACGCCGUACAAUCUGAGUUGGGGGACUACAGUGAAGCAGAGCAUAGUCCGGGCUAUCUGUCUGAGUACUCCUUUAUCCCAAACCCCCCUCAAGACUUUCACAAAGAGGUCGCCAAACAUCACCAGCAGCACAGCGGUCUAUCUCCGGCCGAGUCAGAGUUUAAUUAUCUGAACACAGCACGCACGCUGGAGCUCUAUGGGGUAGAGCUGCACUAUGCAAGGGACCAGAGUAACACAGAGAUUCUCAUCGGGGUGAUGUCUGCUGGAAUUGUGGUUUACAAGAACAGGGUACGGAUCAACUAUUUCCCAUGGUUGAAAAUAGUGAAAAUCUCCUUCAAGUGCAAACAGUUCUUCAUCCAGCUGAGAAGAGAGGCAACAGAGUCUCGUGAGACGCUGCUCGGCUUCAACAUGGUCAACUACCGGGCCUGUAAGAACCUGUGGAAAGCCUGCGUGGAGCACCACACCUUCUUCAGGCUGGAGCGGCCCAUCCCGCCGCAGAAGAACUUCUUCGCCUACUACUUCACCCUGGGCUCCAAGUUCAGAUACUGCGGGCGGACGGAGGUGCAGUCUGUGCAGUACGGAAAGGAGAAAGGCAUCAAGGACAGAGUGUUUGCCAGGUCACCCAGCAAGCCGCUGGCCAGGAAGUUGGUGAGUGGAACCGACUGGGAGUCGGUCAGCAGGAACAGCCUAUCGGACGAGAGAUUGGAGACCCAGAGCCUGCCCACUCGCUCCCCGCCCGGCACGCCCAAUCAGAACUCGCUGUUUGUCCAAGAAGGCACGCGACUACGGCCGUCGUCGGUCGGCCACCUGGUGGAUCACGUGAUCCACGCUUCACCCAGCCUGCCCGUUUUCUCCUCCAAUCACAAAUCGGCGUCGUCCACGCAGGCUAACAGCAUCAGCCUGGACUCCACACCGUCUCCAGAUGGGGUGGAUGGCCAGCCUCCAGCUCUCCCGCCCAAGCAGCUGAGCAGGAAGACCCUGAGCCAGAUCAUCCAGGCCCACUCCCAGCAAAGCCUGCUGGACAAUCACCUCAAUGAGAUGUAUGACGUUCCCGUCAAUGCUGACAAGACCACGCUGAACGGAGUAGUCCCUCACGAUAACUUGGUCCUGAUCAAGAUGAGACCGGAUGAACACGGACGCUUCGGCUUCAAUGUCAAGGGUGGAGCUGACCAGAAAAUGCCCAUCAUUGUGUCUAGAGUGGCUCCGGGAACCUCAGCUGACCUCUGUGUGCCUCGCCUUAACGAGGGCGACCAGGUAGUCCUGAUUAAUGGGCGGGACAUCUCUGACCACACCCAUGACCAGGUAGUUAUGUUCAUCAAGGCCAGCUGCGAGAGCCACUCCGGGGAGCUCAUCCUAUUGGUCAGACCUAAUGCCAUCUAUGACGUGGUGGAGGAGAAGGUGGAUCCAGAGCCAGAUUUUCAGUACAUCCCUGAGAAAUCCCCUCAGGACCCGGCCCAGCUAGACCAGCAUGCUUUGAGAGACUCUAUGGUCGCACUGAAGGAAGGCCUGGGCGGCGGAGCCAUCCUGGCGCAGUUUGAUCAACUGUACAGGAAGAGGCCGGGGAUGACGAUGCUGUGUGCCAAAUUACCUCAGAACGUUUCCAAAAAUCGCUACAGAGACAUCUCUCCCUAUGAUGCCACCCGCGUCAUUCUGAAAAGCACAGAUGAUUACAUCAAUGCAAAUUACAUCAAUAUGGAGAUUCCUGCGUCCAGCCUGAUAAACCGCUACAUCGCGUGCCAGGGCCCGCUGCCCAACACCUGCCCUGACUUCUGGCAGAUGACGUGGGAGCAGGGCUCAUCCAUGGUGGUCAUGCUGACCACCCAGGUCGAGAGGGGGCGGGUGAAGUGUCACCAGUACUGGCCCAACCCAGACAACAGCGCCACAUACGGAGACUUCAAAAUCACGUGCCACAAUGAAGAGGGUAACUCUGCCUUCCUAGUCCGGGAGAUGACCCUCACACACACACCGAGCGAGCAAAAGAGGGAAAUCACUCAGAUUCAGUACGUGGCUUGGCCCGACCACGGCGUUCCCGACGACUCCACUGAUUUCCUGGACUUUGUGGCUCUCGUACGGACCAAACGGGCUGGACAGGACCAGCCAAUGGUGGUGCACUGCAGCGCUGGGAUUGGUCGGACGGGCGUUCUGAUCACCAUGGAGACGGCGCUGUGUCUGAUGGAGUGCGGUCAGCCGGUGUAUCCUCUAGAAAUUGUCAAGACCAUGAGAGAUCAGCGGGCCAUGAUGAUACAGACGCCUAGCCAGUACCGCUUUGUGUGCGAGGCCAUCCUCAAGGUCUACGAAGAAGACCUGUUCAAGCCGCUGAAGACGGCCCUCUACCAGCAGAGAGAGAAGGCGGCCGACGAGAAGGAGGAGGAGCGGAAAGAGCAGCAGAAAGCGGGAGAGGAGCGAGACGAGGCGACCGCGGCGAUGGCAGAGAAAGGGGAGGCGGCCAAGGUGGAGAUGCUGGAAGAGGAGCUGGACGGAGAGGACGACGACGAAGUCGAGGUGCUGGAUGUGGGAGAAGUGACAGAAGAGGGGGAGGAAGAGGAAGAAGAGGAGGAGGAGGAAGUGGAGGAGCCGAGCGUCGCCAGUGCCACCAGCGUGACGAGCGAGACCAGCGCGAACCCCGACCCCGAUCCUGCUAACCCGUGACGUGGGUGGGCGGGGCUCACCGGGAGGAGGCCGGACGGGAGAACAAAAGCACUGUUGCACUUUAAGCUGACAAAAAAUGAAACGAACAGACAAACUGACAUGAAAACCUUUGGACGUGAUGAGUUAAAAAAAGAAACCCAGCUGUGUCGAACAGGUACCUUUAGGGGGAGUUAGAUGUUCAGGGUAACGAAAAAAAGAAUCAAAGAAUGAAUGAGAUGAUAAAACGUGGAUGGGGAGUUGCUGUAGUGCCAUAAGUACGAAGGGGAAGGGCCGCCACUGUGGAUGGAAAGCCUCCCCUCCGCUCUCUCUCUUAUUAUUUUAGUUUUUUUAAAUCCCAAAGGGUUGCCCUGUCCCCUUCGGAGUGAGUCUGCCAGACGGACCAGCCUUUUUUUUUUUUUUUUUUUAGUGUCCUUUUAGCAGAUAAAGAGAGAAACCUUAUCUUUUGUUCCUCAGAGUAUUUAUUGUGUUUUAGUUUGUGUCAAACCCUGUCCACUGAACAAAAAAAACGCUGUAUGUUUUGUUUGUACGAGUCUAGAGCUUCAUGCUUUCCUGAUUAAAUCUUAGGUAGUAAAGUAGUGUGAUUCCUCUUCUUCGAACUACUUCUUUAUUUCUUUUGAUUUUUGUGAUUUGGGGGGGCAAAAACAACAACAGUGAUUUAAUUUAUUGUACUUGCUUUGAUCUUUCUCGUCUCGCCUCUCGUUCGGCGCUGGGGGGAGGUUGGUACUCGAUCCUUCUGUGAGCAGUGUGUUUGAGCCCACAGACGCACGAGUGGACGUCGUUUGGUGGGGUUUUUGAUCCUCGUGACCACAGCUCCCGUCCGCUUUCGCUCACUUUCACGCUCCUGCAUCGAUUCGCUUGUAGCCUGCAGAUAUCAUCUCACUAAAAACCCCGGUGUCCUCGAGCCGGACAGCAUCCCUCCGACCAGAGGGGUGCACUGUGGAUUAGGAUUAAUGUGGAGCCUGAAGUCUUCAUUGUGACAAAGAUGGUUUCUUUUAACCAAGCUGGAUCCCGCCGGGCGGUACCUUCUGCUGAACCCGGUCCGGAGCAGGUCAUGUCAGUGUUUUGGCUUAAAAUCAUCAGGAAGUGCCACAUUUUCCUCACUGUCUACCUGAAAACGCCAUUCAUGUUUUAUAUAUGCAACCUGUAGAGCCCAGUUACAGAUGUGAAGCUACAGCAACAUAAACUCUGCUGCAAUGAAUUUGAAUGUGUUCAUUCGGUGAUUAAGGUUUUUUUAAAUUACACUGCAGGAAGUGAAGACGAUGAGAAAAUUGCACAGAUUAGAAAAUUCUUCAGUAAUGUUGGAUUGGCCGUGAAACUAAAGUGAUUCCCACGUCUCCUGCAGUAUCCUCUCAUGUUUCACACCUCUAAUCUCUAGCCACAUCAAAUUCUAAAUCAAAUAUAGUAAUUUGAGUUAAUUGGUCCAUUUCAUUUUUGCAGAAGAAGAGGCAGACACGCUGCUUUAUGUGAGCCUGAAGCAGAGAUCCUGGGUUAACAAAGAAAGAAAGCCCGGAUAUGUUGACCUUGCUUCUUCAGGCUGGAAAUACUGGUCUUCUUUAUGCAACUCAGAUAGUUCUUGCUUUCUUUGCACAGGUCUUUAAGGGUUAAAGGAACAGGUAGAGGGUCAAACAUCUGUGGGUGAAAGCUGCUAGAAGUUUUGUGCAAUCAGUAUUUUAUUUUUCGCCCCCCUUCCCCCACAGCGUUUGCACAAUAACAGCAAACUUUAAUCGCUCCCUCCAUCGAUCUCCCCGCGUUUCAGCCCAGACCGGGGCAAACCCGGGUACAUGCUCACAGUCCAGGUGGAAGUGUGGUUACUCUGAGCAGUCACGUGAUUCGGCGUUAACCUGAGAAAAACUCGCUUUGAGCUGUGAGAGGUCUGAAAGCAGCCUGUGCGUGAGAGAGAAGCAGCACAAACGCAACAUUCAGCCAAUAUUUCCCUUUUUGUUUGUUCUCUUUCCCCUAAACGGUACCUCAUCUUUGUAAGACACGUUUAGAUUUUGAGUGAGACUAAACGAUUUUCGUAUUUUCAAUUCACAGAACCCAGGUAGUCGGUUUUAUUUUUAAAAACCGGUGAUGCUGCUGUGCUCGAGUGUGGUGAUGAUUUUCAUCUCGGCUCUCGCAGCGGAUUCUGCUGGAAACAAAUACCGCUGUGUGCGCUAGUGUGUGUGUGUGUGUGUGUGUGUGAGAGAGAGAGAGAGAGAGAGAGAGAGAGAGAGAGAGAGAGAAAAAUACGAGGGAGUGUGUGUUUUUGGUUUUCGUCCUCCGUUACCUCUCCCUCUCUGUUCCUCAGCCAUCUCUUACAUGUACUUUGUCAGCUGUCUGCUCUCAGCCUGCUCGUCUGUAAACUGGAAUAAAAGGUUGUGCCACGAAGCCGCAGACCUGCUCGAACCUGAUCUCAAGUUUCUGGAAGAAACAAGACAAAAGAAACUAAAUAAAAAAUAGAAACGUAGCCUUCCUGAAGUGUGGUUUAAAAAAGAAACU